AUGAGUAUUUUGACCAAAAUUAUCCUCAUGAUUGAAAUUAUUGUCAGUGCAACACACAUAGCGAAUGACAAACAUGAAGAUAUCACUAUAAUUGAGAUUGAUUACAAUAGCAAAAAGAAUGUACUAAAUUGCUUGUUUCUAAAUUCACUUACAAACUACACAAUUGUUGGACAUCUUAGUUUGAAUGCUAAAAAGACUAUCUAUUCUGUAAAUCUUACCCAGUCCCCUGCUAAAGUUACAGUUAUCAACAAUCAAAACACACCCUAUUAUAAUAACCUGUAUGCACGCGUUGAAUGUCAUCCAAUCUCCAUCUCUGCUCGUACUUUAGAUUUAGAUUACAGAAACAAACAAUAUGAUUUAAAUUUUAGUGAAAAUAAAAGAGAAGAACGAUUAAUUUAA